UUCGAGGUAAUUUCUGUCAUCUAGAGAAAUUUUGGUAAUAUCUAAAUUAUAAUGGGUUUAGGAGACUAUCCUAAAGAGUAUGAUCCUAAGACUCAUGGGCCUUACGACCCUGCCAAAUACUACGGGAAACCUGAUACUCCAUUUGGCGACGUGAAAUUGCUUGAACUCCCGAAAUGGUUAGCUCGAAGGACCAAAACUCCGUCUGCCUUCAUGGGAGCUUGCAGUAGGGCCUGGUGGAGAUGGCAGCACAAGUACAUGCAGCCUCGGAAAGUGGGCGCCGCCCCUUUCUUCCAGAUACUCGUCGCCAAUAUGGUGUUCUUCUAUGCGAUUAAUUAUGGCAGGAUCAGCUAG